AACAAUUCACCUAGAAAGAUAGCAUGGGAAUACCCUCUGAGCAUUAAAAAAAACUGCUGAUGAGGUAAAGCCAUGUAGUUUUACCAGUUUCAAGCUCCUUCAAAAGCAGGAGGAGACAAGCGUCACAUUUUAACCUCAUUUCAUUACUGCUUCGAAGCCUCUGAACACUAUAUGCUCCGCUCUCACUGUAUUUUAUUUUUGUCCUCCACGCACACAUUUUUUUUCUCUGCUCAUUAAGCAGACAGCAUGAGGCAGCGAACGGUGAUAAUGUACAUGGAGAUCGGUUGCUUUGUGUCCUGUCUGUUUGGCUGGGUUUUGAAUUGUUCCACUCUGGCCACCGAGUACUGGAUCGUCUCAGAAAGUGCGUCUGUGGUUCUCACCGCCGGCGAUUACUACUCCAAUCUCUGGAUGGACUGUGUCUCGGACACCACAGGAGUGUCUGACUGUAAAUACUACCCCUCCAUGAUGGAUCUGCCUGCUUUCCUCCAUGUAUCCAGGGCCUUGGCUGUCGUCUCUGUGAUCUUUGGCUUCUGGGGGGCUGUUCUUGCCCUCGUUGGGAUGAAAUGCACCAAAAUCGGAGGAUCUGAGCUCGCCAACGCCAGAGUGACGUUUGCAGCAGCUUUAACGUACAUGGUGUCAGGGAUUACUGGUAUGAUAGUGUACUCCUGGUGGGGAGAAAAGACACGCUCAGAAUUUUUGGAUCCAUAUUUCUUAGAAUUAAAGUUUGAGUUCGGUGCAGCUCUGUUCGUUGGUUGGGGAGGUUCCUGUCUGCUUCUAUGUGGCAGUGCGGUCAUGUGCUUUUUCUCUUGGAGAGAGUCGUUCCCAAAAAGGUUCAGUAAAGAACCCAGAAAACCCCCAACCUACAUGUCAGCACGCACCAGACGGACGUACAUACUGCCGGGCUCGUCCAGACCCGCUACAGUCUUCAUCCCUCCUUCACACUCGUACAGCGAGAGCAGAAGAACCAGAGCCAGUAGAGGAACACAAGAAAACCAGUCUUUAAGGUCCGUCAGACCCAGCCUGCCCCCCAUAGACUCGGCUGUGUAACCCGAUGUUUAUAGAAACUGUAUCACAGCAUAAUACAAUAGUGUUUAGUCGCCUUGGCAUAAUGUUUUUAUACAGUGUAUAGUAAUCUAGAUUUAUAUAAUAUUCAUUUUCUUUCCUGAAACAUUAAGUGAUGUUAAUUUAUAUUUCUUCAAAUGUUAAAAUGUACUAUGUAGAAAUUAACACGCUGUAAAGCUCACUGUUAUAUGUUCCAUGUUGCUGCAGAAAUAUUAAUAUACAGAAUGUUUCUCUGUUACCAAAGAAAUUAUUAUGAGACGUCUACGGGAACACUUGCUGAGGCACUUGCUGAGUGUAAUGCUAAUCAUUUUUCUAAUAAUUCACCAUUUGUGGAAGAUAGCAAUCUUGU